GAUGAUGAAAUUGUUAAAAUAUACUCUAACUAUUUAAUCGAUUUAAAGUCGUUGGAUCAACGGAACCUUGAGAUUUCCUUUUUUGAAGACUAGUCAUAUCCUGGAUAGGACUUGACGACCGUGAAGUUUGCCCGCGAUGUACCAAGAUCAAACUACAUCAAACCAUCGACAGAGAUCAAAUUAGACGCGUUACGGGUUGCGAACAAAUUGCAAGCUAUGAGUUUAUUGAAGGAUGCAAACGAGAAUGCGCCUAGUUGUUUGAAACGUCGUAAAGUAUCGGUGAAAUUGAUGGAGAAGGAAAAACCGAAAGCACCUUUUGUGAGAAAAGCUGUUCCGACAUUUAAGCCCAUCGAAGUGAAACACACAGCAGCAUCGACUUUAAGAGAAUGCGCUCGAAUAAUCAAUGAUGAAGAGAAGGAGAUAAGAAAAUUGAAAGGUUUAGCGGAAGGAGGGCUAGAUCCAUCGGCGAUAUCGAAGUUCCAGGAAGAAGUACGACAACAAAAAAGAGAAGAAGAACUAUUAAAGAUACAAGAAAAACAUCUAUUAGGAUUAUUAAGCCGUGAAGGCGCUUUCAUAGCGAAACAGUCAUUACUGAAUGAUAUUAAAUUGCACGCUGAAGAUGUACGGAAAGAGAAACAAGAGUUAUAUGAAAAAUUAGAGAAAUGGAGAGAAGACCAUGGAAAGCAAAUGGUGGAAAUCGUCGAAAAGUGUCGUGAAAUUGAACAGUCAUCACGUGACGCCUUCAACGCUAUGAUCGAUGAGAAACGCCAAAAAGCGGCUGAAGUUUCAGAAGAAUCACGACAAUUAAAAGCUCAAAUGAUGAAGCAGAGAGAAGAGGAAACUCAGAGAAAGAUAAAAUUGAUUCAAGAAAUUAAAACACUUCAAUCGUUGCGGGCUUUGCCUUUCAAAGACUUCGACCCCACCGAGUCCAGCGGCCUGGGUCUCCUUUGUGAAAUGUCCCUAAUGGAGCUGAAAGAAAGGUUAUUUUGGGUGAAGAUAAAGUUGAACGAGGAGAUUCAGAACCGGAAGUGCUCUAUUCGUCGUCAACGCGAUAAACAGAAAAACUUGAUCGAAGAUACUCGUAGGGCACUUGAAGAAUAUAAAGCAAACAAGCAAGCCUCCUCUAUUAAAUCGGAACAGCAACCGAAGCACGUGAGUUCACCGGAAAUAGAAGCGUUGCGGAAGAAGCUCGAGGAACGAAGAGCUUUAAGAUCCCAAAAGACUUACAAGUGUUAUUCGAAUGUUAACAAGUAAAAUUACGACAUCGUGCUUAUGUGUUUCUUGAGAUUAAAUAAUGACAUAAUUAUGCUGAAUCACUGUUAUGCACUGAUUAUGUACGUCUUGUAAAUUAUCACUGUUUUCAAGCAUGACAAAUCAAUAAAUACGUCUAUUAAACUAU